AUGGCGAAAGAACCCAUUCACGAGCAGAAGGCUUUGAUUUCUGAGGAAAGUCUACAUGAGGCUGUACCCGCUGAUAAGAGGACAUGCAUAGAUUCCUCUGGCCAGAAGUUCAACUACCGACCAGGCAUCCUACGGACCUGGGCCCUCACUACGCUCCUCAUCUUGACGGCGGUCUUGUUCGGUCUGGUGCAGUAUGCUGUUGGAGUUCUUCCGCAUGGAACUGUUCGCGUUCCGAUUGCGGGCGAUGGUGUAAAGCAUGAAUGGGGGUCGCUCGUGGGCCGCCAGCUUGUUUCUACUUCGUCCUCGGAGAUAUAUCCAGCACAAUCAAUCCCCACGAGCGACGCCUGUCCCGAAUGCGUCUCUUCCUCAUCCCAAGAGAUUUCUCCGCCCACCAUCACGGGCGCAACACCGCCAUCGGCGUACAUACAGCCUUCUGAAACCAUCACAAGAAGUGUACACACGAGCACCGCCCCAGCUACAACCAGGACGUCACCAGCAGCAUACCUCGCCUCCAGCGAGACAUACACAUUGAGUGCCACGCCCCCAUCAGCGUACGUCGACCCAGUGUCGUCGACCACGGCCUCUUCAGCAUACGUCGAUCCAGUGUCGACCACGACAAACACCCACAAAGUUGGCGCAACGCCCGGCCCAGCGUACGAUUUCAAUCUCGCCAGCCAACACGAAGCCGGCGGAGGCGUGGUGGUCUACACCUGGACCGCCGCGCAAGUCUUCGUGGGCACAUACCUUCCCGUGCUGGUCGCCGUCUUCUAUCGCGCCUUAUGGUCGGUCCUAAACAACCACAUGGCCCUGAUCGACCCUUUCCGACAGAUGAACCGCGCAAACGGGGCGCGCGCCGACCAGGUGCUCUUCUCCUUCUACCACAGCCGCGUCAGCAUUCUCGACAUCUUCCGAGCGAUCUGGAGAGGGCGCUGGGGACUAGGCAGUAGCGCGAUCGCCGCCGCGCUGACUUGUAUCCUGCCCGCUCUCGCCUCCGAGGCGAUAUGGGUCGAUACCACCUGGGACUGCUCGAAUCCCAACGUCGGCUCGAAUAACCCCUGUCCCGCGAGGAUGACCGUCUCCGUCAUCGUCGCACGUGUGUUGCAGGUGCUUCUCGCGCUCUGUGCUCUCCUAGUCCUGCUCGUCAUCUUCGAUCUGCGCAGCCGUCCAACUGGUCUUCGCUCCUGUCCGGCUUCCAUUGCUGGUGUCGCUUGCUUGGUCCGUCAUCCGAGUUUGGAGCGGGAUUUUCGUGGGUUUCAGACGGCUUUUAGAGAAGGGGAACGGUUCGCUAAGGAAUUUUUCGCUGGGAAGAGGUACAGACUUGGGUUCUGGGAGGAUCGGUCGGGAGUGCGGUGCUAUGGUAUUCGGCCGGUCAGCGUUUAUGAGGAUGAUAUUUUCUCUCAAGCAUCGAUCCAGGUCGUUCCGAAGGUUGACGCCGCCGAAGAAGCCGACGUUCCUGGUUCACUGCAUGUCCCAUCCGCGAAUGGGAGCAGAGCUUCACGCUGGGGGUUCCAGGAGAUCGCACUAAUGAUCAUGAUCGUAGGCGCUUUUGGCGUAGUCCUAGCCUACACCCUUGACUACAGAGACGACGGCUUCAACAGAUUUUUCAACAGCAACACCUUCGGCCCCCGCUUCCUCCUAACCGCCACGGGCACCAUAAUCGUACACUUCUGGACCCAAAUCGCACACACCACAACCAUAACCGCACCCUUCCACCGCCUCUCCCACCAACGCUCCCCCUCCCCCACCACCAUCGCCUUCAAUCCCACCACAACGCCCCUCCUCGCAACCUUCUCCGCCCUCCGCGCCCGCUACUUCCUCGCCGCCGCCGUCGCCACCGCCGCCCUCCUCGCCGAAGCCCUCAAUAUCGUCAUCAGCGGCGUCCCUUUCGCGCCGGGGCAGGUGCAUUUGCAGUUUUUGGUUUCGGCGUAUGCGUCGUUGGGGAUUUUGGGGGUUAUGGUGGGUGUUUUGGGGGUGGUUUUGGUUUUGAGGAGGAGGAGGAGGGAGGAGUUGGUGGUUGUGGAGCCGUUUACUUUGGCGGGGAUGAUGAGUUAUGUUGUUGGGGGGAGGGUUUUGGAGGGCGAUGGUGGAGUGGGAAGCGGUGGGGGGAGGAGGUAUUUCUUGAGGGAAGUGGUUUUGGAGGAUGGGGAGAGGAGAGUGGUUGUUGAUGGGGUUGAUUCGCUGGAUGGUUGA